AUGAGGGAGGAGAAGCCAGAGGACCAUUUCUGGCUACCCAAUGGAUUGUUGGCAGUGAACCCGUACGGCAGGCAUCCGGUGUAUGACUUGAUUAGCUGGGCAGAAAAACAGUGGGAGGAGAAGUUACGCAGGCAGAGUAGGACUCUGGAGCACGCAGUGGGUGAGUAUAGGCACAGGUAUGGGCGGAAGCCGCCGAAGGGUUUCGACAAGUGGUGGGCCUACGUUGAGAGGCAUAACAUACAGCUUCCGGACGAGUAUGAUCAGAUACUUGCCGAUCUGCAGAUGUUCUACGCAUACACGCCUCGUUCUCUCCGCCGACUGCAAGCACUAACCCGCACCACGCCAGCGACGUACACCCUCUCCGCAUCCUCUGCCCUCGGCAGUAUCGCACUCGCCACGGCCAACCUGGCCGAAGGGAGUGAGCGUGAGAUCGGGAUGAUACGCGCCAAGGCUCAGCUGGACAUACUCCAGGGAUUUGGGGAGACGUGGACUGACGAACUUACCGGUGAGAAGACGAACGUCGCUAGGGAGAUCGUACUUGCUACGGGUGACUGGGAGGCCACGUUCGGCGCUGGGGAUGUACCAAUGGAGUUUGCUGAUUGGGAAUUGUACAAUGAGAGGCGCGUACGGGCGCGCGCAGGGCAGAGUGAGUCGCUCGUUGAGGCGAUGGACGUCUUCAAGCGCGGGGAUAUGACUUACCUCGGCUGGGGCGGGGCGUGUCCCAACAGCUCGCCUCUACGGAGAUCUCCUCCCCCUCCACCGCCCGUCCCCAUCCCCGCCCCUCAUCCAAAGACGUUCAUCUACUCACACAGGGAGUCGAUGAACCCCUGCACGCACCCCGAGCUCGUGCACACCGUCGGCUUCCUCUCGGGGCACUAUGACCGUGGUCCUGGUCCGCAGGAAGCCCACCGGCUCCUCUUCGGCAUGUGCAAGACCGAAGGCUUGCAUGGGGAUGUGCUCACCGUAGCGAGCGAGAUGUGGACUGAGGACGUAGGCUUCGACCCUGCUUGGGAGAACAAGACUGACGAGAGGAUCGUCUGGCGGGGUUCUAACACCGGCAUCCUUGCCAACCCCCACACACCCUGGAAAGCCAGCCAAAGAGUGCGCAUGGUCAGCGUGCUCAAUAACCGUACUGGGUCGCAGGGUGUCCUCCGGCCUAUGGGGGAGAGCGAGCCUGUGGGAGAACCGGUACUACGCAGGCAUAGCUGGCUCAACAGCGUGCUUGCGGAUGUGGCGUUCACCAGGGAACCGAUACAGUGCGAAGCUGGCGCGUGUGAGGAGAUGAGGGAGAUGUUUGAUUGGAGGGGGAUGCGUACCCAAACCGAGCUGAACGAGUACAAGUACAUCCUUGACGUGGACGGGAACGGCUGGUCGGCACGAUUCAAACGGCUCUUGACGACACGCUCUAUGCUCCUCAAAGCUACGAUCUUCCCGGAAUGGUAUAUGGAUAAGAUUCAGCCCUGGGUGCAUUAUGUACCGCUCAAGAUGGACUUUAGCGACCUGUACGACGUGCUAACGUUCUUCCGAGGGGACGUGGCGAAGGGUGGGGAGGGGGCACAUGAUCAUCUCGCGCAGAAGAUUGCCGAAGCAGGGCGGAAUUGGAGUCUGACAAUGUUCCGCAAGGAGGAUAUGGUGGCGUAUCAGUGGAGAUUGUUCUUGGAAUAUGGAAGACUUGUGAGUGAGGAUAGGGAGAACAUGAACUUUGAUUACUAG